GCGUGGUCUGCCCCGGCCGCUUUAGCACAAUGCCCGUUACUUUGAAGCGGAAAAAUGAGCUCCCUUCUCGCGUUACGUUAUGAUGUUGCGGCGCUUCGUCCUCGGUGCUGAUUGUAGUUUACGUUGCGGUUCCUCCGGGCGGAAAUACGAGCAGGCCGCUCGCGGGCUGCCGUCAUGCAUCCGAUGCCCGUGGUCUCCGAUAACCGCGGAGACAUAUUUGACUGUAUACAGAAAGGGGAUAUUGAAAUGUGUGUACAGUUCGUUCAGAGUGACCGAUCAAUCCUCAAGCAAAAAGGCUGGGGUGGUUUCACCCCGCUCCACUACGCUGCCCUCCAUGGUACACGCUCCCUGGUUAACUUUUUCCUAAGUAACGGAGCUGACCCCAACCUGACAUGUGACGCUGGACAGACCGCCUUUCAUUUUGCCUGCAGGCAAGGGAACAUCUUCAUCAUCCACCAAAUGAUGCAGUAUGGAGCUGAUUUGCGUCUCAUUGAUCUGCAGCAAAAAACCUCCCUGCAUCAUGCAGUCACGGGGGGCAGCAUUGUUGCAGUGCACUAUUUGUGGGAGACAGGAAUGUUCCGGUUUUCAGACACAGACAUGUACCAUGUGACACCACUUCACCUGGCUGCAUCCACAGGCAACACAGAGGUGGUGCGAUAUCUGCUCAGAGACCAGAGAUGUGCUGUGGAUGCAGUUGACCAGCAGGGAGCGACUGCGCUUCAUAUUGCAGCAGAGAGGGGUGGAGUGGAGGUGUGCUGGACACUGAUGCAGAGAACUGGGUGCAGGAUGCUCCAUCAGAAGAACCACAGCGGCCUCACACCAUUGGACCUCAGCAAACAGGGGAAAACAUUUAGGCAUCAGCAACUCACCAAGCUACUGAAUCGUUACAUUAAUGAGCCAUUACACCACAACCCCAGGGAGUCGAAUGUUUUGUAUUACUGGACACUGUUGUUUCCAACGCUGACUGGAGCUGCCAUCCUGCUAAUAGCAGCCAUGUUGGGAGGCUACGGGGGGCUAACUUGUGGUUUGCUCUUCCCCUGGCUGGCCAGAAGCAUCUUCACACAGUACCACCGCAUGACCACAUACCAAAGGUUACCCAACCCGAUCUACCUGGGAACCCUCAUAGCUGGCUUGUUCCAUUCCCUGCUCUGCUUCUAUGGAAAGGUGAUGCCUAAUGUGUGGUCAGAGAGUGCUCUGGUCCACGCGUCAAUGGUCCACUUCUCCGUAGUCCUCGUUUUGUUCUGCAAGGUCAUGACUCAGGACCCUGGGGCACUGUGCAGAGCCGAGGCAGAUCCUCGGUUCUCCUGCAUCGCUGACCUGGUGGAGAACAACGAGAGCCCUCACAGGUUCUGCCCAUACUGUGAGAUGUUUCCGCCCGACUACACAAAACACUGCAAGCUGUGCGAGAUGUGCAUCAAAGACUACGACCACCACUGCCUCUUCCUCAACCGAUGCGUCGGCCGCGGGAACCACCGCCUCUUCCUCUUCUUCAUCUUCUCCAUGGGGAUUGCCCACCUGCUUUUUGUUGCCACAGCGACGAGUUACCUGUACGGCAAGAUGCCCGUGGGCAACCGCAGCUUUUCGCUGUGGCUGACGUUGUUCGGGGAGGAGUUUUGGGUCGUUGUCAUGGUGGUGAUGAAUGCACUAACACUGCUUUGGGAGGUGUGGCUACUGAUUGAGCAGUUUGACGCCGUCGCCACCGGAACGACCACGUACUUCAGACAGUGCGAGAGCUCGGCGCGGCAGAGGUCCCUGGGACAGCGCUGGGUUAUAGUGCUGUCGUAUCUUCUGGAGGGUCGAAGACGUGUGGGAAGAGGGCAAUUGAGAGCGGACAAGGCUGCCAUAGAUAUUUGAAAAUGUUGGUAUAAUUUCCAGUUGUUAGUGUCAUUGCUCACUCGCUUCACCGAGUCUCUAAUCUAAUGUGUAAACAUGUUGGUGAAAUUUGGUUAUUUCUCAAUAUUCUAUUUUAAUAUAGAGCGGUCUACAGAAUAGAUUAGUCAUCAGAUGUGUGGCUAGCAGAAUAAUAGCCCGCCUAGAUUUUAGAAACCUCACAGAAUACUUUGAAGAUAUCAGUGUUCCAACGAACUUGUUGGUGUAAAACGUUCUGUGUGGUGAAGUUCUUGAUUACGGAACUGUGUUUUAGCAGCGAACACCUCUGAAUGAAAGCUCACAUUUACACCUGUUUGUCACAAUCGGCUUCAUUCUUUUUAAGUUACAUUUUUUUAGUGUGUAAAAGCAUUGUUCAAAGUUGUGUAGGAUUGGUGAUAAUGGUUACUGAUAAGUUCAUGCAAAGACUUUGUUCCUGACGUGAUGUAAUUACCUUUCUGACCUGCUCCCGGUCAUUUGAGCCACGACACUUCCUCUGCUCUCACUAAUGAGACUCUUUUUGUGUCUUCAAUUAAACUCACUCAUUUCCUCUGUUUCCCUCAGGACCAUUUUUCUAAAUUAUAGAUGAUGUUCUCCGCAUCCCUCACAGGCCGGUGUGUCUGGACUAUGUGAGAGGCUGCGUCACGUGAUACCAUUUAGUGUCUAUUGUACUGCCUGUCGCGCAUAUGGAGCGGUUAAGAUGAGCGCAUGUAAGCUUGGGACGGCUGUUACUCUUUUUCAGUGUUGUUGUAUGUACGAGCCGAUUAUAUUUUAAAUGUACAAAUGUAUUUUAUCUGUGGAUACACAAUGUCUUUCGGUUUCCAAGAUAAUACCCGAUCUGUGCCAAAAUGCUUUUAUGCUGAAUAAAAAACAUUACUGAAAUGAAUAGAGUUUAUUGUUUAACCUGGAAAAGGUAGAAAUAGCAUUAAAAAAAAUAGACCCAAGUUCAAAACAUUUACUUCAAUAAAGGCACAGUAGUAUUAACUUCAUGAUGUGCUGUAAGUGUCAAAAGUAAACACAUUAUUGCCAUGAAAA